AUUUCACUGUUUUAAACCUAGUCUAUGCGUCAAGCAUUAAAAUAAUCUUUUAGACGGAUACUCAAGCUUCCAUGUGCAAUGAAUUUAGAAAGCCCGGAGGUGACACUUACAGCAGAGGAGAAAAAACAAGUGGAGGAUUGUGACAGUUGUCUGUUUGGAUUCCUGAAGCUUAAUGUACCAGAAGAGGCCAGCAAACGAGCACUGAUUGAAAAGGGUAUAAAGUUUUAUGAGCAUGAAAUCAUUCAGAAAUCCAAACGUGAUGGAGGAAAGGAGGGGGAGGAGAUUGACGCCUCGGUGGAUCCAAAAAUUUACUGUCAGCUGGGCCACCUUCUCCUUCUUCUGGAGCAGUACCCUAAAGCUCUUUCUGCAUAUCAAAGAUUUUUUCAUCUGAGAGAAGAUCAUUGGAAGAAUGCCCCCUUCAUGUAUGGCCUUGGACUUGUUUACUUUCACUUCAAUGCCUUUCAGAUGGCAACACGUGCAUUUCAGCAGGUACUGUACACAGAACCAGGCUUUAAACGUGCUAACGAAGUACAUAUACGACUAGGACUGAUCCAUAAAACCCUGCACAACCAUGACGCAAGCAUCAAGCAUUUCCGACAAGCUUUGAAUGACUCUAACAAAUGCUCCCUUACUAAAGCUCAAAUUCGCCUCCAUAUUGCACAUCUUUUAGAAAUACAGGGAAAGUACAAACAGGCCAAGGAAGCCUACGAACAUUUUGAGAGUCCGGACGUAUCAGAGCCCCAGGUCAAGGCCACUGCCCUCAAACAACUUGGCUGGUUAUACCACGUUACAGAACAGCUAGGGGAUAAGAAUCGUAGAGAGAGUUUGGCCGUCCAUUACCUCAAGGAGUCGCUGUCUGCGGACAACACUAACGGACAGACCUGGUACCUCCUAGGAAGGUGUUUUUCUACCUUGGGAAAAGUGCACGAUGCCUUCGUAUCCUAUCGUAAUUCUAUUGACAAGUCUGAAGCCAGCGCAGACACAUGGUGCUCAAUAGGAGUACUGUACCAGCAGCAGAACCAGCCUAUGGAUGCUUUACAGGCCUAUAUUUGUGCCGUACAGCUAGAUAAAACACACACUGCAGCCUGGACAGACCUAGGAAUCCUGUACGAGAACUGUGAUCAGCCAAAGGACGCAUUGGCCUGUUAUGUCAAUGCCACUCGAAAUAAAGGAGGAAUUAACUCAAAUUUGACCACAAAAAUCAAGUACCUUCAGCAACAUUUAGACAGUGUUGCAGUACAGCAUCUUCAAAGCAAACAGAAGAAGUUACCAAGCAUUGAGGAAGCUUGGGCACUGCCGAUACCCGCUGAGUUGACCUCUCGUCAAGGUCAGGGAACAAUCACACAGCAUCCAAUGGGAAAGAAUGCCAUGCUCCAUUCUCAGGCAAUGGGAGUUCAACAGAAUAAUUUGUCGCCUGGCAACCCAGGGGUCAUGCUUCCUGAUGACCCCUUGAACAAAAAGAAGAAUCUCAAAAGGCCAUCCUCUGAACCCUUGGAGUUACCAGCCCCUCCCCCUUUGACCCCCCAGCAGAUUCAACUCUUUCACAGCCUGCAACAAAAUGAGGCAAGCCUGAAUCCUGGCCAGAGACAGCAGCUUCAGAGCCUGCACCAUCAAAUGCUGAGACAUCAACAGUAUCAAAUAAAGAUGCAGCAGCGUGCAGCAGAUCCAGGUCAGAGGUCAUCAGACAUGCUUAAUGGCAUGCCUUUGUCCACACAUAUCACGUCAUCAGGACUUUUACCUCAUGCCAACAUUCCAGAAAACACUGCACAAUCUCAGGGAGACACAGGAACACCUUUGGCUUCAGCAGUCCAUCCAGAGAGUACCUCAGAAGCUGGGCUUCCAAAGGAUCUCCAGAAAUUUGUAACGGAUCAUUUAAAUGAGAUAAAUGAAACUGACCUUUCAGCCUUGCUGACCUCCUCUAGACAUGAUCUAGCUACAUCGAUUGCCGAAGACUUACUUGCACAGUUUACUCAGAGCCAGAGCUCUAGCGUAAAGAAGCAGGAUACUUCAGUGUUAAGUACUCAACAAUUGUCAGAAUCUAGUCAAAGAGAUAACACACCCAUCUCUCAUGACUCUGUGAAAAAUGCUAGUCCCAGUAAACAUUCCCCACAGACUCCAAGGGAGCCACGAAUCGACCCCACCCAGGUAGAAUACAGAGUGAAAUGUGAUAGCGACACAAAGCUUGUUAUAUCACGGAAUAUCCCACGCAGCCACUCACCGCCCUCGGCACCCUUCAACAUCUCAAUCAACAUGAAGGGCAGGGAGGUUCUAGCAGCAUGCAAGGGAUAUGGUAGAAGUGGAAUAACAACUAGUAUGCUAGGAGACAGGUGCCCCCCUCGACCCCCAUCCCCUCCCUACCCUCUACCUAAGGACAGUCUUAACCCCCCAACACCUAGUGUAUAUCUUGAAACCAAGAAGGAUGCUUUUUCUAUAGAACUUCAGCAGUACUGUUACUCCCAGCCUGUGGUUGUAAUCAGGGGACUUGCAGGAGCUUUGAAAUUAGAUUUAGGAUUGUUUUCAACUAAAAGCUUGGUGGAGGCCAAUGCUGACCAUGCAGUAGAGGUUCGCACGCAGAAACAGCAAGCCCCAGAUGAGAAUCGGGAUGUGUACGGUAACCGGCUCUGGCGCUGUGACAGCAGUCGAGGCAGAACUACCAUAGCUAGAUAUGCACAGUAUCAAGCUUCCUCAUUUCAGGAGUCCCUCAGGGAGGAGAAUGAGAAAGCAAAAGGACUGCACAAGGACUCGGACAGUGAUUCAAACUCCUCAUCAGGGGCCAAGGGAAGGAAGAAGAAGACCAUUAAGUUUGGUACGAAUGUUGAUCUGUCUGAUGAGAAGAAGUGGAAGCCUCAGUUACAGGAGCUGACUAAGUUACCAGCAUUUACAAAGGUCGUUUCCGCUAGCAACCUGCUGAGUCAUGUGGGUAACACCAUUCUAGGGAUGAAUACCGUACAGCUUUACAUGAAGGUUCCUGGGUCAAGGACACCAGGUCACCAAGAGAACAACAAUUUCUGUUCUGUGAACAUCAACAUUGGCCCUGGAGACUGUGAGUGGUUUGCUGUGCCAGAGGCCUACUGGGGUGUUAUUCAUAAUCUUUGCGAAAGGAACAAUGUGAACUACUUGACUGGUUCAUGGUGGCCAAUGCUGGAGGAUUUGUAUGAGGAAGAUGUCCCAGUGUAUCGAUUCAUCCAAAAACCCGGGGAUCUGGUGUGGGUUGGUGCAGGAACUGUGCAUUGGGUUCAAGCAGUUGGCUGGUGUAACAACAUUGCUUGGAAUGUGGGCCCUGUGAAUGCUCGUCAGUUUCAGCUGGCUUUGGAACGCUAUGAAUGGAAUAAACUCCAGAGCUACAAAUCCAUAGUUCCUAUGGUGCAUCUGGCCUGGAACAUUGCCAGGAAUUUAAAUGUCUCAGAACCCAAGUUCUUUGAACAAGUAAAGUCUUGUCUUAUGCGCUCAUUAAGACAAAUUCGUUUCACGUUGGACUUUGUCGAGGAACUAGGGCUGGAGGUUAAAUGGCAUGGGCGAGGUGAGAACGAGGCUGCCCACUACUGCAAUGAUUGUGAGGUGGAGGUGUUUGAUAUCCUGUUUGUUCAGGAACAAGACAAGAAGUUCAUUGUUUACUGCCAAGACUGUGCCAGGAAGAUCCACCCUCGACUUGAUGGUUUUGUCAUCUUAAAGCAGUACCAUACCUCUCAUUUGUGUGAAAUAUUUGAUCGGUUCCAACUGGCACAUCAUGUACCAACCAGUUGAGGAAAAUAUAUUCUAUAGCUGAAAUAAGACAGUAUAUGUUGAACUGACAAUAGAUUAAAUACCCACCAAAAAGGCAGAGAAUUCAGCCAGUAAUGACAAAAUAUCAUGUCUAUGCAAGCCAAAAUACCACCUCAACAAGAUCUCAAUGGAUUUAUUCCGCGCAUUCGCCACAAAGCUGGGAUUUACACAAUGCUCAUUAAAGUGUCUUAAUUUAUACACAUGUACUAUACAUUUUGAUACCAAAGGUUUAUUUAGGAGAAAAGCACAUAUAUAUAUUUAUUUUGAAAAAGUGUUCUACUAACCCACCCAUGUUUGUGGAUAUGGACUCUUCCUAUAUGGAAGAAAUUAGUUGAACAUUGUAUGACUCAAUUAUGUGAUAGGGGUGUUCAGGUUAAGAUUCACAUGUGACGUAUUUCAUUAUCAUUCAGCAUAAGAGAAGAGAAAAUGAUGCAUGCCAUCCUUUUUAUUCCCAUCUUCUAUUGCUGUGUUGAAAAUUUCACCCUUCAUUGUUGUGCUUGAGAAAUUCAGAGAAUAAAUGAGCAAGAAGAGAUUAAAUGACCCAAGUUUAAAUAUAAAUGUGCGAUGAAUAGAGAGCUGGAAGAUGCAGCGCCAAGAUGUGUAAAAUGAAAUUCGAUUGGCUAGCAGAUAUGUGGGAGGAGCAGUUUGGAGUACUAGUAUCUGACUGGACACUGAUACAGUGAAAUCUUGUGAUUGUGUACAAAUGACAAUGCUUCAGUGACUAUUAUAUUAGGGUGUGAGAAGCAAGCAUAUCUCAGGGAAAACACAAUCCACAUGUCCAUAAAUUAGACUGUAGGUUACUGAGAAUGUCCAGAAAGAUGCUCAGAAUGUAGUUUUCUUUUGACUCUCAGAUUUUGUAUAUACAUGUAUUUAUAAAUUGCUGUUUUAAAAGGUUUAGAGUUAUAAAUGUGUACUAUUAACUAGUUAACUGAAAUCAAUAAUUAUUUUAUUGAUGUAAAGGGUCAACAUAAUUCAUAAUUAAAUGGUAAAAAAUAUAGGAUUGCUUUGUUAAAUUGUUUUUUUUCCCCAUGGAUUGCUGCCUUUGAGUCUGCUGUUGAUGUGGCUAAUGAUAAAAGUAACAAGUAACAAGUGAUUUGUAUAAUGUACAUAUAAUGACUUUUAAGACUGUUUAGUAGUACAUGUAAAUUCAUAGAAACGAUGCUAACUUUUUCCCAUUGAACAAAUCAUUGAUACCAACAUUUUUUUGUGAUCUCAGUACAUGUAUGCGUUCAUUAUUCAUUAUUUUUUUAAGAUUAUUGUACAUGCAUACGCACAAUUUUUUUUAAAAAGACUAGUAGAGAUUUUUGCUAUGAAAUUUGAAUGUUGGAGUAUUUUGUUCUAAAAUGGAUUUUUUCUGUCAUGUGCUGUGUUUCAUUUCCUACACUGUGAGAAAUUUCCUCUCCUGAUGAUUAAGUGAUUAUUGAGCCAGUUUGAAACUUUUCCCAUCCUCUUUAUAAUUUAGUGAUUAUCGAGCCAGUUUAAACCCUUCCCCUCCCCUUAUAAUUUAGUGAAUAUUUAGCCAGUUUAAAACCUUUCCCCUCCAAUCGCAACUUCUUGGGCCUUUCCAACUAGCGGAAAAACAACCUUGAAUGUAUUACGUAGACGCCAUGACAACCCCCCUUUUCACAAACUUUAAACUAAAUGUGGGAAGACCUCUUAUCUGUGGAGUAUAAAGUUAAACUUUAUUGAAUGUAAAGGUAUUACCUAAAAUAGACUAUAGAAGGGACUUUAAACUCUGUCUAUCCUAUAGUUUAAUAAAUAGGAAGCUGUAUAAAUUUUUAACAUCCGGUGAUGUUAAUACAUUCGAGGUUGUUUUUCCAACCUCUGACGGAAAGACCCGAGAUGAUGCGAUUGCUUUCCCAUUCUCUUUAUAAUUUUGUGAUUAUCAUGCUUAUGUGAAUUCUUCCUUUCCCCUACAAGUUGUGACGAUUCUCGGCUUAUUAACUUACAUAUUUGAUUCUAGUGCUGUGAAGAUUAUUCAAAAAGCAAAUUUGAAAUAUUGCUUCCCAGAUGUUUUCUUUUUCUGUAUUUUCACCCAAUCUGUAAAUGGGUACUAAAAGCUGUAAUGCAUGUUUUAGUUAUUUACUAAAUAGAGUAUGUAGACAUAAAGUAGAUAUUUGUAGUAUAUAAAGUGUGCAUCACAGCAGUUUUUAUGAUGGGUGAGGAUCUUAUUCAUUAUGCAUUGUAAUUUGAUAGAGUAUCAAUUUUUUGAAUGUUUUUUUUUGGUUGUUGUUUAUUUGAAGUAAUUGUUGGAUGUUUCUGGAAAAUAAGAGAAAGACCCAUUAGUAUCAGUAGUGUAAUCUUUUAUCUGUUAAAUAUUUAGAAAAAUGUCUUCACCUGUCUAAUGAAAACUGGAUUUUGGUGUGCUGCAUUUGAUUUUCUUUUCAAAAUUGAAAAGAUGUGAAAGGAGUUUACUUGCACAUACUGAAUAUAGUGUCAGAGUGACACUGAUCUCAAAUCUUUGUGUUAUGUCCAAAAUUGCACAAUACAAAGUUAUUUCCACAAUUGUAAUAUUAUUUAUUUUUGUAAUCUUAUGCAUACUCUUAACAUAUUUUGUAAAUGGUACAUGAAAUACAUGUACAGUAAAGGGUUUAUGCUCGUUGCUUUGUAAAUUGUGAAUAAUAAAAAAGAAAAUUGCUUGAAAUCCUUAAGAUGUACCUCAGUGAUUUUAUUUAACACCUGCUGGUUUUUCCCUAAUUUAUUUUUAGAUCCUGGAAGUGCUAACCAAUGCAUCACCUAACUGACCUCAUCCUAUUAUACAUUUGCUCUUUUUUUCAUUGGGUGAUUUGAGAGUCUGUCUAAAUAUAUUUAUUGUGUUGCAAUAAAACACUAUCAUACUA